AUGAUCAGCACGUUCUCCAGACCCAUUGUUCGACGAGCACUCACUUCAGUAUGCCGUAACAAGCCAACCAGAUCUAUGGGACAACCUCGAUGUUACUCAUCGCAAUCUCCACCACCAACGUCAAGCAAAAAGAAGGUGCUUACUACCCUUGGGUGUUGUGCUCUUACGGGAGGUGCGGUGUAUGCGACCAUGGCCAUACAGCAUGCCGAUGCCUUAGUUGACCAGAGAGUCUCAUUGCUUGGAACCACCGAGAACGAUGUUGCUAUCGCUAUUGCGGAAAGAGAAAACUUGCCGGUUGUUCGUGCUGCAAGAGAGAACCCUGACAUGUUUGAAUUUGAAGCUUAUGCAUACCUCAAAGGCAGUGCCAAAGUACAGUCAUUGACAGCUGCAACAUUGCGUGGAAAAGGCAGGAUCAUUGUCCCUCCUGUUUUAUUUUACAACAAGGAUCGAACGGAAGCUAUGGCAGUGGUACAUCUUGGCAGCGAUUUGUGUGGUCAUAUCGGCAUCGUUCAUGGAGGCAUGAUUGCAACUUUGUUAGAUGAAAUCCUUGCAUGUGUGGCUCUUCCUGCUCUUCCAAGAUUCGUCGGAUACACUGCCAAUCUCAAUGUCGAUUACCGGAAACCACUCAAAGCUGGACAAUGGGUUGUUCUCAAGAGUCGAUUGAAUCGUGUUGAAGGUCGUAAGGCCUACGUGGAAGCAUGGGUUGAAAGCGCUGAUGGACAAACCAAAUUCACUGAGGCCAAGUCGCUUUAUGUUGGACCAAAGAUGCCUUUCUAA